UAAAAGUUGACAUGUCUGGAAAUAGAACUUCUUUAAUGCGAGAAAGCAUGCAGUCAUCCAAACAUUACUAAACAGUUGUUUUGCGAACAUGCACAUGGCUGCGCACGUGAUACCAAUUUUAAAAGGGCGUCACAGUGACACUUGCUGGUAGAAAUCUCGAUUUCUUCGUGUAGUUUUCUAUUCCGUGACACCGUGUGUGUAGCCAAAUUCAAACUUCUCAGCCCAUGGCUGUCACGUUCCCUACAGCCUCCCUGCUUCCGAUUGCAGGUAACGGUUCACAGCUUGGGCCACACCUCAGCCGAUCGGGUUAUACCUGCCUCGCAGUAUACCUGGCGGUGGUCUGCCUACUCAGCGUGGCAGGCAACGCUGUAGUGAUUUUCCUCUACGCACGCUACCAGUCGUUGCACAACGUGGUCAACAUCUUCUUGCUGAACAUUUGCGUGGCCGAUAUAAUUGUGGCUGUGCUAGGAACUCCGCUGUCCCUUGCGUCUAGUGUGGCUGGCCAUUGGCUGUUUGGUUCCGCCGGCUGCUCCUGGUAUGGAUUUAUUUGUACCUUUUCGGGAUGUGCACAAAUCGUUGGAAUUGCAGCGGUCUCCCUACAGCGGUUUUUCUUCGUUGUUAAACCAUUCGUGGCAAGGAGACUGACGACCGGUGGCGCCCUCGUCUGUGUUGGUUUUACAUGGGCGUAUUCUCUAGUUGCUGCGCUUCCUCCCGCUCUCGGAUGGAGUGAGUUUGUUCUUGAAGGCGCAGGAACAUCUUGUUCCGUGAAUUGGCAGACAGGAAGUCGCUCGUACACGUUUUUCAUCUUCGUCAUGAUCUUGGUGCUACCUCUGUCCAUCAUUGUCUUCUCGUACAGCCAAGUACUUGUGACUGUCAAGAAGAUGGCCAAGUGCCAGGUUGGCAACCGGCGGUUCAGGCGAGCGGACAAGAAAGUUACCAUCAUGGUCGUGGUGAUGAUGAUCACAUUCAUGGUAUCCUGGAGUCCUUAUGCUAUCCUGGCGCUGUACUCUGCGUUUGGUAACAGUGCAUACCUUCCGCCACUAGUCACCACUUUACCCGCCAUGUUCGCCAAAGCAUCAACUGCCUACAAUCCGGUUAUUUAUUUUCUUCUCCACGACAAGUUCAGGGAAGCUCUCUGCUACUUACUAACCUGCAGGAGGUUUGAAAGAAACCUUGCGAUCGGCCCCACAACCAACCCGUGUAAGAACAAUGCCAUCCUACCGAGCACACUGAGGGCAAAACUGGGAUUCCCUUUACGAGCCAAGUCUAAAGGCGGGGAAGAGAAGCUGCAAGCGGUAGGAAGCGUGCGUGCAUCCCUUCAUCCUCCUGGAGCAACGGUAUAAGAGAUUAGGACACAACAAGUCUCUGCAAGAUUGGACACUGAUAUUGUUAGACUGCAGUGGCAAGAAACAAAAUUACUGCAAAUGCGAAGCUGGUUGUCAGGGCCCCAAAGGAGUUGCUGAGCAAAAAAUAUAGAUUAAAAGAAAAAAAAUGGUAAUCAGUUACACGGAGCACACUCAGAUCAUUGCUCGAGCUCCGUGAAAUUAACCCUACAGGCAUUAGCCUUUUGGAUCGAGUUCGGGGCCGCUCGUUCUUGACACGGGUUUCUUGUUCUCGCACUCGAACAGCGGGAACACGACCCAAGAACACUAUUCUCGGAACAGGAUCACACACCACCUGUAGGGCAAUCUGCCGUCCUUUAUAGUAAGCUAAAUCACUCUCAUGGUCAUCAACUCUAUCCACACAGGAAUGAACUUGUGCCAAGUAACUAGCUUAGCUUAGUAGGUUGUAGUAGGUUUAAUCUGAAACUAAUGACAUUAUGGAACAAUAUUGUGUAUAAACAUAUAUGUCAUCAUGACAAUUAACAUCACGUGUUCAACAUAAGCAUAUAACAUACAUGUACAUGUAAUUAUGAACCAAUCGAGGUCUGACAUGUCCAACAGAAAUAGUGAUAAUUAUCAGAAAUGUGAUGCAAUAAUAUCCCUCAUUGUAAAUGCAAGAUACAGAAUAACAUAGACGUAAUUAUAGAGACCAACGCCCCAAGAAGUCAUGAACCAAAGACACUCACGACACUGCUGAGCACAGGCUAAAACCAACAGCAAAAUAGCAUAAAUGACGCUGAUAAACUCCCAAAAUCACCACUAAAAAUGGCAUUAAAAGAAGCAAACUUUAGUUCUUUUAGUCUCCAAACAUUUCCAAACAUGUCACAAAUAGGCCUAUCUUGCAAACGGCCCUACAAUUUACAAAGUCUGCGAGCUGUGCAGUACCCGGGCCUCAUAUGUACGUACAAAACUAGUGUAAAUAUAGUGUGGCGACCAAACUUGGACCACGUGGGUGAGGCGAGGACUAUUGAUCUCUCACGUAUUUUGGUAUAGGUUCAACACAGAAUAACGUCCAGCCUAAUUUGGAGCGGAAAGGCCCGCUUUGCACCACCACUUCGUCAGGUUUUAGCACGAACACACGGAAAAACGCGCGGGAUCUUGGUGAUCAGCUGAAAAAAUAACGAGAUGGCCGACAAACUAUUUUUGUAUAAAUUAACAUUAAUAAUUUUUCACAACACACAAACGAAUCCUCCCUUUUAAAGAGGAAAGAACGCAGCCUAGAAUUACAAAGACUAAUCCUUGAAACGUUACAUAGACGCAGUUAUGUUGCAUGUUGCUUGUCACUCAUAGCCCACGAUAACCAAUUGUAUGUGUUCGGCGUUCAAGCGGUUGACCCACGAACAAUAAUUUGUGCAGUUCACGAACAUACGAGAGCACGCUGCUCAGCCUUUGAAGCACAGCGGACACAAUAGCAGGGCACUAUUUGAAGUGGGUAAAUUUGGAAGAAAGAGAAGAUUUUACCAAAAUAAAAUAGCGCCCUCUUGUUGGGUCCACCACGCCUCAAUUAGGCUAAUUCUUAACUGUGCAGCGCCCUCUACACUGUCAAAGGUCGUUGUUAACCAGUUCGGUAUUCCAACAGUGGGUGUCCAAAGUGAAAACCGACCGAGGUCAUGGGACCAGCAAUACACGAUAUCUACCCGAUCAACACAGCCAUACGCCGACUCACGCGUGCUUUUUCUCUAAAGACCCUCCCUUGUUGAAAUACUGAACUGGCUGGAGGGGAGGGCGGGGGUGUUAUUUAUUUCUUAUGUAGGCAUAAAAGCAUCUGCCAUUGUUGUGUAACUUGGGUUGGCUAUACCCCUAUUGUAACACCUCACCCACAGAGUCUGUGUCUUGAUUGGCCGAAAGUAUGUCAUGUGACACUUGCUACUUUUACCUUUUUUGUACCACCACUUCAAAAGGACUAACACAUGCAGCCUCGCUUUGAAAAAGAACUAUACCAGUAGCAACGAAGAACAGCAUCUGUAGUAACAAAACCGUGAAUAGUAACCAGGCGUGUAUUUCGGCUCGUGGCGUAAACCUGUGAGUGAAGUGUUAUAAAAGGAAAGAAAACUUCUCUGUCUCUUGAUCUCAUGGAUCGGUGAUCCAUGAAGCAUUCUAGUUUCCCUAAGUAUGCUUCGCCUCGGAAAAUAUAAUCCUCCAUGGAUCACCUCGGGAGGCAAGUUUACUACACCACUCGAAGCACUCAAUAUUUGUAUAUUAUUAAAGGAGAGGUAUUUCAAGAUCCCUGCGUAAUAUGCUGCUUUUUUAAUGAAAAUUUAAUGUCAGUCCGGUAUAAAUCGGGGCUGGUGAGUGGGGAUGGGGCAGGGGAAUGACCAUAAUCCUCACAUUGCCCGAUUGCGGACACUUUAGGGUCUGGACGCAAUGCGCCUUAUUACACUAAGAGAUGUCAAUGAUAGCGAUGUAUAUGACUGGAUUCAUAUCCCUCAAAAAUUACACUCAGCCGAUAC